UUGGUUCCCGUCAGCCCCUACUACCCACGACUCGCAAGUUCGCAGCUCGCUCUUCGUCUCGCUCGCCGCCGCUCGCGUUUCCUGACUUCCGUGGCUGUUGCUUUGCUCGCCGGUGAGCCGUGAGAUGGUUGCCGCUCGCUCGCUCGGCUCGGCCCAGCCACGCGAAUGGGCACCAGCACCAGAGACCUCAGUUGCAUGCCAUAUCCUGAGUCCUGACCUUGGCGCUUGGCGGUCUCCAGGUCCAGCUAAGCGCGGCUCCGUGGACGCUAGAUCUGCCGGGAUGGCGGGCUCUGGCCUGACACGGCGAGCCGGCGACGCCCCGCCACUGCGAGUCUGCGAGUGUUCCGUCUGUCCGUCCGACAUCCUCUAGGUUCCAGCACUCCAUUGCGACUCCUCCGGCCGCCGGCUUCCCACUGCAUCUGGCCAUCUCCAGUAAGUACUGUAGAGACUGGUAGAGAUUUGCUGUGAAAUUUAUGUUGCCGUGUACAUUUGCAGAUGCUUGAAAUGGUGAUUUUGAUUUGUGUUUUUGUGAUUUUUUUUUGAAAGAAAGGUAUCCGCCGCUUUAUAUAUAGAGCAUAUAGCGUAACGAUACAUGAACCGAGCAGCGUGUUGGCGCGCCCGUCAAGAGCAAAACGAAAAGCCUUAAGGCCAGCUUACAAAUCUUUGCUAGACAAACUAUCACCACACACUCCAGCGGAACGAUGAUUAGCUCAGGCAAAUGCAGAGAGUCACAACGCUGGAGGUGACCAAAGCCUGAACAUUGGAUUGAACCCACUAUGAUGUAUCUUGCCUCCACUUGAUCUGUGGCAUCGCAUUGGCCCUGCUUACCAGCUGUUGGAUCACCACCUCCAAUUUCUCCUUGAUUUCCAGCUUGAACUUCGCCAACCAUCUUCUGAGCAUCCUUCCAAGACUUACUAUCACCGGCUUCAUUCCCAACCAAAUAGUUCCCUGAAAACACAAGUCAUUCCGUAAUUUCCAAAUUGUACAUAGGACAGGGACAGCAGAGGAAACAACAUUCAUAACUGAAUGUCUCUUAUUAGCAAUCCACAGGUUAGCCACGGAUUCAAAAUCUUUUCCAAUAUUCCAUUCUAAAAUGACACUUACAAUCAUCCACAGAUUAGAUGAAACACAACAAUCAAAAAACAGAUGCCAAAUAGUUUCCUGUUCUGAAUAGAAGCAAGUUUUACCAUUCACUUCUCUCCUUUUGGCAAGUUUAUCUGUAGUAAACAGUUUAUGAAUGGAGCAUACAUCUGGUGUGUCUUUUUUAUUUGGCUUGUUUUUUUGUUUCUGAACUGUUUUGUGAAUUUGUGAUUCAGCUUAUGAACAUUUGUCUGGUGUCUUUCUUUUGGGUUUUUUUUGGUGUGAACUGUUUACCAAAUUUUUACUGAACCUUUUACCAAAUUUAUAUCGAAUUAUACUAUAUAUUGGAUAAUAAACUUCUAGUUAGGCAUACCCUAAAUUUUAAAUCCUGGGUCGAUGGAAGGUACAGAGUCACCACUAUCAUUAUUUGCUUUGAGAUAAUAAUGAUAGAGCCUAGUGCUAGAAGAUGGAAUGUGUAGUAUCACCACGACACCACUACCAUUACUCAUGAUGCAAUAAUUAUAGUAGUAACUCAUUUUGUAUCAACACUAUAUAAUGAGAAGGAAAGCCAGAGGCUUAGUACGGCGAAAAAUAUUUAGUUUCACUUGCUCCACCUAGUGCAUGGUGAGCCGGAAUGCUGGGUUCGGCUCCAUGGCGCCGUCAUUGCCGUCACCCCACAGCAUCAUGUCUGUCCUUGGCAUCAACGCAAUAAGACCCCAAACCGCACAUCGGCAGUCCAGAUGUCGUCCUACUGUAGCCAUCAUUUUUGUAUACGAAAGAAGAAUUAUAUUAUAUUAUAGCUGGGUAUACAUCACGUUAUAAGCACUCUAGAAUACACUUUGUACCGACGCUGUGAAUAGCUCCAAAUCUCAAAUCCAAACCUAACAGUAUAGGUGAACACUUGGUAAAAGGCUUGAGAACAUAUUCCAACGAACAACGACCAAUAUUCUUGCAGGCAGAGUUAAGAAACUUCUUUUUCUUUCUGCCACCGAAGAAUGAAGAAGACUGAUAUGAAACUUAUUCUACCUAGUCUUUCACCGUGACCAGAUCUAACUACAACAAAACGGAGAAGAGAUCAGAGAAAAUUAUUCCAUGGCGGUGACAUCAUCUCUGCCUUGAUGUCACCGUUCAAAGAAAAGUCUCCAUGUCAUCAUGCCAGGAAGUUGUUAAUGUCGUAAUUGUUGCCCUCGUUUUCAACAGAGGCACCAUGGAGAAAACAAAUGCACCCUACCUCCUCCUCAUCUCCUGAGGGAGGAGGAGGAGGAGGAGGAGAUAACUCCCCAAUACCAAGAAACUUGGCAUGGAGAGACUCUAACCCUAAGGUCUCAAUCUACUAGAAAAACUUAUUAAAAAAAUGAUGGAUCCUCUGGCGAGAUGCUGGAGGAGGAAGCGAGGGGGAUCAGCGAUGAUGGAUGCAAGGGCGGCGACGCUAGGGCGAGUCGCAAGGUUGCAACCGUCAUUGGGGACGUGUUUGAAGACGAUUGCAGCCUCGCGACUCCGCCUAGUGUUGCCGUCAUCAGGGGACGCACGAAAGACUAUCCACGAUGACCCGCCGCAGUAGUUCUUCGGGAGGACGGACGCAGUACUCGCCAAUUGUGGAAUUGGUCAUGGGCGUCAGUGCUUCAGUAGUUUAUCUGUAUUGUGCCAUUGCUGAGCGUGUAGUAUAGGUGUUCAGGCUUGUCUAAGGAGACGAUCGUUUCGCCGUUGCCGCCAUUGGUGUAUGCCUGCUGCUAGGCGCUAUCUGGGUCGUCGUUGACGAUCUAGAGGUCCACGUAGAGGAUAACGUCGCUGUCCGCUUGGACUCCUAGGCCGAACCGCUCUAGGGUGCAUUAUGUCCACAAGUUGGACACGAGCUUCCUGUACGACUGUCCUAGUCCCACCAGGAGCGUCUCUUGGUUGCGCAAAGCUCUGCCACAGCACGGUGCCACCGUCCGCGAGGAGCUGGAGGUCGCCGGAGUUGAGGAACGGGAAGACGGGUGUGCGCUUGCCGCUAGAGUUGACGGGCGGCGUCCACAACAUGUUGUCGCUGCCGUUGGUGCUAAACUAUCCAUGAGUGCGAGUUGCCUGCCCUCCAUGUUGUUGAAUGCUAAGAGCGCACCGUGCCGUGUUGAGCGGCUUCACUGGUGGGAGUUAGUUUGUGAAUGUUGUGGCGUAGCUUUUUGCAGUCUUGGUUUUCUCAAAUUGGCAACGGUUUUAGGGACACUAUUCUACUUUACAUACAACGUUGGAGCAUGUCUCUUGGGUGCGUAAAGCUCCACCAUAGCACGGUGUCGCUGUCUGCGAGGAGCCGGAGGAUGCCAGAGUUGAGGAGCACGAGCACAUAGGCAGCAUCUGCGGCACGUUGUUGCUUCUCUUGGCACGGCAUCGCCCACGAGCGCGAGCUGCCCGGCCGCCAUGAUGCUGUGGCGAGCGGCGUUGCUUUGCGAAUGCUGUGGCAUAGCGUUGCUGCACUAGUGGCACCCGGUAGUGGCAAGCCUUCCAUGGUCCACAUGGACGGUUUAGGGCUACUAUUCUACUGGAGUGCACGACAACUAAUCCGGAUACGAUAGAUGUCUCCAAGCAAGAACCAACCACUAAUUCGACCUGUUUCAGGGAUACCAAUGAAAUAGAAUCGACAAUGGUUUUAGGGAUCCUAUAAUUUAGUCAAAGCAAUAAUUUUUGUGUAUCCCUUCCCUUGACACAUGCACCUUUCUAUAUAUAUAACUCGGUCAAGCGGUAACCUCGCUGCAGAACAGGAGUAGCCGAGAAGACGAAAGCGGCUAUGGCGGCUCACAAUCGCAGUCGAAGCCCCGAGUCAACUCGCCGUCGUGCUCAUCUUCAUCGCUCUCUCAAGCCAUCCAAGCCCAACCAACACCAUCCUCGUGAACGUUGUCGACAAACCGCAGGCCACCCGUUGCCAGGAUGCAAUUUCGCUAUGGUGUGGCCGACAGGGCUUGCGACGCGGGCGAUCCUGACCGGCUUCGACGCCGGCCUCUCGGCGCGUGGCCUCGCAGAUGACUUGGAGCAUGUGGCAGGCACGGUCUGGCGCUGCCGGGUCAAGACUUCCAUCACGCCGCCUAAGUCCUACCCGGACUUCCAUCUACCUGCCAUCCUUGCUGCCGCGGUGCUCCACCCGGACGGGCCGUCGCGGCACGGUCGCGUGGCCCCUCACGCCUUCGUCCACUUCGAGCAGCUCAAGGCUGCGAACCACGCCGGUGACUUCUUCAAGAUGCGAAUCUCUGCGCAGAACACCUACCUACUACAUGGCCGAGCGGCCUGCCCGCGAGACGGUGGCACCGACAUGAGGCGCCCGAUGCUCUUCCCGGACUCGUGUGUCGAGUUUGGCGACAUCGUGCCGCCCGACACCUUCUUCGUCGCCUGGCGCGGGACCGACCACUCCGCCUCGGCAGUUGACUUCAUCGUCGACCCGUCCGUCGGUUGCUGCCGGCUGCUGUUCUCUCGCGACACUGCCUUCACGUUCCCCGACCUCUGCCGUCGCCCCACAGUGGUGCUGUGCUGUGACAUCAAGCUCGAGUUCUCCGUCAGCAAUGUCGCUGAGGUCCUGGUGUUCGAGGCUGAUGACUCGCUGAUCCUACGGCUCUCGGCCGCGCCCCUCGUGUACUACCGCACGGCAGGCGACGACGUCCAAGAUCGCGUGCCCUUCCACCUGAUCGACACUGACGACGACCCGUGGAUACGAACCACCGAUGUCACCCCAAGUGGUGCAAUCGGCCGGUGCUCGGCGUAUCGGGUCUCCUUCGGAGCAAUGUUCUGGCCAACUAUGAGGACCGCACUGAAGUACAUGGAGAGGCAGGGGGUGCCUGUUGACGUUCGAGAUAGCCGUUGGCUGGGGUUCACCGUGCUUGAGGAGCCGGACUUCGGGCGGCCAAUGCAGCACGUGUUCUUCUCCCUGCGGCAAGAUGAAGACCUGUGGUUUCCGGAGCUGUACUUGGUUAAUGUGCUGAUCCACAAUAGGAUAGUCAAUCUGCACCAGCUGACGUCUGAGUUCUUCAGUUUGCUGAGGAGAGCACAUGAAGAUGUCAAUGUUGCUGCGUUGACAGAAUUGUUUGGUGCAAAGCUUCAAGUUUGUAGUAAUCCAUGCUCGAGGUUGAAGAACGCGCAGGAUAGGGCGACCAAGAAUCUCAAUCUUCUCUUUCAUGGCAGCAGCAGAAAGCUUGGUGAUUUCAAUGCUGAGGUGCGAAGGCUGAUCAUCACUCCCACCAGGACAUACUGUAUGCCACCUCAACUGGAGCGCUCUAACCGCGUUACCCGGCAUUAUCAUCAAUUGUCAGAUCGCUUCUUGAGAGUUGCUUUUGUGGAUGAGGGUAUGCUGCCACUGAACGCUAAUGCAUUGAGCCUCCAAGUGGUGCCUCUUGUUAAGGACUUGAUGUCCAGCCCUACCCAACAGAUGACAACAGUUUACAGGCGUGUCCAAACAAUCUUGACAGAGGGAUUCACCAUGUGCGGCAGGAAAUACUCGUUCCUUGCAUUUUCAACGAGCCAGCUGAAGCAAAAGUCAGCUUGGUUCUUUGCUGAGGAUGGAACAACAACUGUCGCAAGCAUGAAGGAGUGGAUGGGGCAGUUCCCGAUUAGGAAUCCUGCAAAGCACGCUGCUCGAAUGGGGCUGUGCUUCACAUCUUCGUAUGCAACGGUGACAAUGCAGCCUUGUGAGGUCGAUGAGUAUCUUGAGGAUGUCAUUCAUAAUGGAUACAAUUUCUCUGAUGGAAUUGGGAUGAUCACGCAGGACCUCGCGUUGGAAGUUGCCAAGAGGUUACAACUAACAGAUAUCUACGCCCCAUCCACAUACCAGAUUAGAUAUGCAGGGUUCAAGGGUGUUGUAGCUGUCUCGACGGGACAAAAUGAUGGGAUGCGGAUGUCUCUUAGGCCAAGCAUGAGGAAGUUUGAGUCUGCACACUCUGUGUUAGAAGUGCUGUCCUGGACAAAGUUUCAGCCAUCUUUCUUGAACCGCCAGAUUAUAACAUUGCUGACCAGCUUGGGUGUCCCGGAUGCUGUUUUUUGGCAAAUGCAGGAAGCGAUGCUAGGUAAUCUCAAAAGGAUUUUAUCAGACAACAAUGUGGCGUAUGAGGUCGUGACAAACUCAUGUCCUGAGCAUGGAAGUACUGCAGGACUGAUGCUGAGUGCUGGCUUUGCUCCUGCAACUGAGCCACACCUGAGGGCAAUGCUAUUGGCCAUCUGCGCCUCACAGAUGCAGGGUCUUUUGGAUAAAACAAGGAUUUUUGUGCCAAAGGGAAGGUGGUUGAUGGGCUGUCUUGAUGAACUUGGGAUCCUUGAGCAAGGACAAUGUUUUAUCCAGGUCUCAACACCAUCACUCAACAACUGUUACGUGAACCGUGGUUCGAUAUUUCCAUCGGAAUACAAAAAUAAUGCAGAGAUUAUUGUUGGUACAGUUGUAAUGGCGAAGAACCCAUGCCUUCAUCCAGGGGAUGUUCGUAUCCUUGAAGCGGUGGAUGUCCCUGAACUGCAUCACCUUGUUGAUUGCUUGGUCUUCCCCCAAAAAGGGGAGAGACCACACGCCAAUGAAGCUUCUGGUAGCGAUCUUGAUGGCGACAUCUAUUUUGUGACGUGGGAUGAAAAUCUUGUACCUCCUGGGAGACAGAGCGGCACCCCUAUGGACUACUUCCCGGCUAAAACGAAACAACUACCACGUGAAGUACAUCAAUCUGAUAUCAUUGAUUUCUACUUGGAGAGCAUGGUAAACGACAACCUUGGUCGAAUAUGCAAUGCUCAUGUUGUUCAUGCUGAUCGGAGCGAUGAUGGAGCAAUGGAUCCGAAGUGCAUUCAGUUGGCCAAACUUGCAGCUAUUGCUGUGGACUCCGCAAAGACUGGGGAAAUUGUGAGAAUGCCACCAUCCCUUUCACCAAAAGAAUAUCCUGACUUCAUGGGAAAGGGGGAUGCCAUCUCCUACAAAUCAAAAAAGAUCCUUGGAAGGCUCUAUCGAUCAAUUCUAAGGGAAAAUGGCGAUGAUUUUGUGUCACAAGGUACAUGCAUUUCAAAUGAGACUCCAUAUGACAUUGAUCUAGAAGUUCCUGGUGCCUUAAGUUUUCUUGAGGAUGCUUGGCAAUGUAAGUGCCUGUACGAAGCACAACUAAAUACCCUGCUCAGUCAAUAUGGUCUGCGUAGUGAGGCUGAGCUUGUGACAGGGGAGAUAUGGCCACUAGUCGGAUAUAACAAGUAUCAAUAUCAAUUAAAAGAGAGGAUCAACUAUGCAUAUUCCAAACUCCACCAAGAGUUCCGAAGUAUCUUUGAAAGCAUUGAUAUCUCCUAUUGUGACAACAAAAACCUAGCAUAUGAGAUGAAGGCAUCUGCAUGGUACCAAGUAACGUAUCACCCCGAAUUCAUCCGAUUAAGGGAGCCUGAUGAUGAGAAAACACCUGCAAGACUUAGUUUUGCAUGGAUUGCAGUUGAUUACUUGGCACAAAUAAAGAAGAAGUGUCAUGGAGAAAUGAAAGUUGAAGAGGGAAGGUCAGCCUACAUUUUCUAAGUGGAUCUGGCAAGCAACAGUGCAUUGACUUGAUGCAUCCUAUAUAUUUAAAGCAAGACCACUACCAUUUUGCUUUUCAGAAUGUAUAAUUUAUCUACUGUAUAUGACCUUAUUAGAAAGAGCUCUAUAUCACGUAGUGAUGUUUUGUUUCAUAUUCCACCUCAAGUGACUGAACAAACUUUAGGGGUUGUUGAAUUUGUACCGAAUUGCUUAAUCUGUUCAGCAUUUCACUUCCGAUGGGGGAAGUUUAUCUUAAA